UACAAAGCUCGUGAAGCAAGUUGUUGGUUAUUUCGCAAAUUCGCACAAAGAUUUCUCUCAAUAUGAGCGCCAAGGUGCAGCUUGCAACGAUGGAAGUUUUCUCAGCGCCAGUGGUGGACAAAAAAAUGACCCUGAUUCGUCCCAUCCCGGAGUGUCUGAAACGUAAAGCGUCGGAAGAGCUGAACGAGAAAGAGAACACCAUCGGUGAGGAGCUGGAGUUGAUCAAAACAUGGAUGAAACAAUCGGGACACAUUCGCGGCCGGCAGGAGGACCAGUUCCUGCUCGGGUUCCUGCGUUCCUGCAAGCAUAGUCUGGAGCGUGUUAAGGAAAAGCUGGAUACCUACUACACGAUCCGGUCCGUGCUUCCAGAAGUGAUGCGAAAUCGCGAUCCGCUCGAUCCAUUUGUGCGCAAAGUCAUCAAGAUGGGUGUCACAGUUCCCCUGCCAAGGACGAUAAACCCCGACGAUCCGAAGAUUAUUCUGAUCCGCGGGAACGCAUUCGAUGGGGACGUGUGCGAUUUCCCGGACAUCCUGAAGGUGUUCACGAUGGUGGGCGAUAUUUUGCUGCGUGACGACGAUCAGAUGAUGAUCGCCGGCCAGGCAGCGAUCUUCGACCUGGGACACUCUUCCAGCGGCCAUCUGUUCAACUUUAACCUGUCGUUCCUGCGGAAAGCGUCCAUCCUGAACCAACAGGCGUCACCGUUGCGCCAGAAAGGGUUCCAUUUUAUCAACACACCCAAGAGCUUCGACAUUGUGCUGAACAUCUUCAAGGGGUUGAUGACGGAGAAGAACCGCAAAAGAACGAUCAUAUCGCACGGUUCGAGCUUGGAGUCGCUUCAUCGGUACUUCCCCAAAUCGGUACUGCCGGCAGAACUGGGUGGUGAUCUUGGACCGGUGCAACAGUUUGUCGACGAGUGGGAGCAAAGAUUGAUCGACAACCGGGCGUACCUGAUCGAGGAGGAAUCGCUGGGAGUGGACGAAAGUCGUCGACGAAGCACAAAUCCGUUGGCGGAAGAGAAGGACCUUUUCGGUACGGCCGGAACGUUCCGCAAACUGGAGUUUGAUUGAGCGCCCUUUCUUUCUGUUUGCUCACGGUUUCAUCGGCUCGCUUCGGAGGGCAUCAGAAAUGCGGCAAAGUCUAUGUGAUUUGUCCGCAAAAGGACUUCUUAAUUGGCCCCAGAGAAUGGUGCGGAUCACACGGCGGUCUCGGGCACUUCUUGCUGAGAGGUCUGUGACCGCUUUUGGGCUAUAAUUCGCAAGCGAGAAUGCGAAUGGGUUGCAGAUGCCUGGUUGUUAAGUUAAAAGUAUUACACAAAAAAAUAGGUUCAAUCGAAAAAAACGAACGAAAAUUGAUAUACCCAUGUUGGGAUGUUUUAGCAUUUCAUCUAAUUUAUUUCAUACUAGCUGAUUCAUUAUUGUUUUAGGGAGUUAAUUUUUACUUGUGAUCAUAAAAUUGUUGAAAAAAUGUUAUGGAAAUAAAAAGAAA